UUUCUAAAAUAACAAAAACAACAUAAACUACAACAAAAACUGCAACAAGUGUCUUCAUGUCUUUGCCUUCGCCAAUAUAUGUACAUAUGUUUGUAAACGUAACUUAUUAAGAGCUUAAAGCUACGCCAAUUUGAAGAAAGAAAAAGAAAAAAAUUUUCAAAAUAAAUAAAUUCAGUGUUAAUAAAUAAUUAAUUGUGAUAUAAGUAAUUACACAUAGAGAUAAGCAUAAGAAAAACACAAAUACAAACAAACUUAUAAACCACCAUUCAACGCCUUUUAACUGUGAUUUUGUGCUGAAAUCAUUUGUACGCGCGCAAAACAUUUAUUUUUAACUCCUUCAUUUAUGCUUUAUUCGAAAUUCACAAUAUAAAGCAAACACGAUGUUCAACCUCAAUACGCCCUCGUCUCUGCUGGGCAUCGAUUGUGGUGGCCUCAGCUCGACACCAAAAACUCCUGAAAUUGUCAACACUUUGAUUGCAAUGACGAAUCCUUUGGAUAACUACAGUUUCACCGCUCUGACCAAUGCCUCGACAGCGACGACCCCUGGCAGCGCUGUUUCUAUGCGCACGUAUAACGGUGCACCGAAUGCCCAGUUAACAUCACAGGAUAGCAGUCAUUCGAGCUCAUCGAAUUCGCCAAUCGAUUCACCGUGCGGUGCGAAUGCUACACCGAGUGUGCAGCAGACGUGUUCCCAACUCAUCAAAGCUGGCCUCAAACUCUCCAUACAAAGCAAAAGAAAACUGUCAACUUGUGAUUCCAGUUCGGGUUCUGAACAGCCAAACUCGAAAUAUUCGCGACCCGACGAAGAUGGCGACGAGACAACGGAUGAUGAAAACGAUUGCAAGGCCACAGCAAAAGGUCUAACACCAGAGGAUGAAGAUCGCAGACGUCGACGUCGUGAACGCAACAAGAUCGCCGCCACCAAAUGUCGCAUGAAGAAGCGCGAGCGCACUCAAAACCUAAUCAAGGAAUCAGAACAAUUGGAAACACAAAAUGUCGACUUGAAAACACAAGUGCGUACACUGGAAGCCGAGCGACGGCGUCUGCUCGACAUGUUACAAUGUCAUGUAACAACUUGUGUACAUGCCGGUGGUCUCAAUUUACCCUCCAAACUUUUGCAAUCACCCGCACACAAGUAUCUCGCUGCACUUGAUAUGGAUGAGAGCAAUGUCACCAGUCUCGGAUCGGCAGCUACGACUACACCGGCUACGGGCGGCACAUCUCAAACGUCGCAGCAGCAGCAGCAGCAGCUGCAAAAUCAAGACAACAACACACUCAGCAAUCAGACGACGCACGGCAUACAACGUACUGCGAUCCCACCAAUGUCGAGCAUUAAAUUUUCACGAAGCGCCGCCGCCUUAGCAGCCGCUGUUAAUCAGCAAAUGCAUCAGCUACCCACACAACAACAGCAUCUGCCAAACGGUUAUUGCAAGCCAUCACCAACGCCACAGGAGCUGGGCUAUUUGGCAUCGCCGUCACAAGAGAACAUAUGUUUGCCUGCCAUGCUACCGCAAUUACCGCAACUACCGCAACUACCUACGCAAAACACGACCAACAAUAAUAACAACACCACCACCACCCACCAAAUUGGCACGGUCAAUGUUAAUAACGCCACAGUGCCAGUUAUUAAUCAGACACUCACUGAUUACAUUCCAAACUGUGAAAAUAGUCUCGGCCUCGUUUUAGCCCAUACGCCCACCUCAGUUCAAAGCAACGACGACAACAGUGUACUACUUGGUGAUAUUGUCAGUCCACUGGCGGUCACGACCACGGAGUUUGUCAAGAAUGAGCUAGUCGACUCGCAGAGUCCCUACACCACCGCCCAAUCGGCUGAGCGUUUCCUCUUCGAGAAUAAUUGUGACAGUUAUGUUGAUAUCAAGCAUGCGGUCAGCUUACAUCAUGGCAGUCUCAACAAUAACAACAAUAACAACCUUACUGCUCUACAUCACAAUAGCAAUAAUAAUCUUUUAGAUUUCAAUAGUUCAUUGAUAGGCGUUGGUGGUGUUGGUGGCGGUGGGAUCGUGCCGUUUCAUGAUCAAAUCUCAAUCAAGAAUGAUUAUUUGCAUGAUGCUGAUCUGUUGGCACAACUCGCCGGAGACGGUGCUGAGUUUGUGGAUCUGGAUUCCAGUGUUGCAGCCACAUUUAUGACCAACAACGGUUGUUUAGCGUGAAAUACACAAACGACAACAGUCGCAAAUGAUUUUAAUAUUUAUUGAGUAAAUAAGCAGGUGUAAUUACAUACAUAAGUGUUUGAAGGAAGGAAAAAUGGUUCGCUCUCAAAGAAACUAUAUUUAAAUUGUGUAAUCUAUUCAGCAUGUGCAAUUUUUUUUUUUUUUUUUUUUUGGAGCAUG